AGGGGGAGCCGUGCGGAACCCUGCAGGAGCUCUGCCGUGCCAGCAACCUGAGACCUUGCUGGAGGAGCAGGUCCGAGGUUCAAGCUGCAGCAAAGCCCUUGUCUGCCCUCCUCUGAUGUCCUGGGGAAGCCAUACCCCGUCGUGGGAGGCCAUGGGCUCCUCCCACUCUGCAGUCCCAUGCACGACAAAGCUGGCUCUGUGGUGGCUCCUUCUGAUCCCAGCAGCGACGGCGCAGCGGGCUCCCCCCACCCAAGCCGAGGACCGCCUCUUCAAGCACCUCUUCAGGGGCUACAACCGCUGGGCACGGCCGGUGCCCGACACGCUGGACGUGGUGAUCGUGCGCUUCGGGCUGUCCAUCGCGCAGCUCAUUGAUGUGGACGAGAAGAACCAAAUGAUGACCACCAACGUCUGGCUGAAGCAGGAGUGGAGCGACUACAAACUGCAUUGGAACCCGGCCGACUUUGGCAACAUCACUUCCCUGCGGGUCCCUUCGGAGAUGAUCUGGAUCCCCGACAUCGUCCUCUACAACAAUGCCGACGGGGACUUUGCGGUGACCCACAUGACCAAGGCCCACCUCUUCUCCACGGGCACCGUGCACUGGGUGCCCCCCGCCAUCUACAAGAGCUCCUGCAGCAUCGACGUCACCUUCUUCCCCUUCGACCAGCAGAGCUGCAAGAUGAAGUUUGGCUCCUGGACGUACGACAAGGCCAAGAUCGACCUGGAGCCGAUGGAGCAGACGGUGGACCUGAACGACUACUGGGAGAGCGGCGAGUGGGCCAUCAUCAGCGCCACGGGCACCUACAACACCAAGAAGUACGACUGCUGCGCCGAGAUCUACCCCGACGUCACCUACGCCUUCGUCAUCCGGCGCCUGCCGCUCUUCUACACCGUCAACCUCAUCAUCCCCUGCCUGCUCAUCUCCUGCCUCACCGUGCUCGUCUUCUACCUGCCCUCCGACUGCGGCGAGAAGAUCACGCUGUGCAUCUCCGUGCUGCUCUCGCUCACCGUCUUCCUGCUGCUCAUCACCGAGAUCAUCCCGUCCACCUCGCUGGUCAUCCCGCUCAUCGGCGAGUACCUGCUCUUCACCAUGAUCUUCGUCACCCUCUCCAUCGUCGUCACGGUCUUUGUCCUCAAUGUCCACCACCGCUCCCCCAGCACCCACAACAUGCCCCGCUGGGUGCGGGCAGCCUUUCUGGGCCGUGUGCCCCGGUGGCUUCUGAUGAGCCGGCCCCCGCCACCCUUGGCGCCCCACAACCCCCCAGAUCUGAGGCUCAGCUCCUCCUGUCACUGGCUGGAGACCAACGUGGAUGCGGAAGAGAGGGCGGAGGAAGAGGGGGAGGGCAGAUGGGUGUGUGCAGGCCAGUCAUCCCCUGCCGCGGGCGUCCUCUGCAGCUGUGCUGGGCUGCACCGAGGGGCCUCACGCACCGAAGCGGAGGCCCAGCUGCAGGAGGGCGGCCUCCUGCUGUCACCUCGCAUGCAGAAGGCCCUGGAGGGCAUGCACUAUAUUGCUGAUCACCUGCGGGCUGAGGAUGCUGACUCUUCGGUGAAGGAAGACUGGAAGUACAUGGCCAUGGUCAUCGAUAGGAUAUUCCUCUGGUUGUUUAUCAUCGUCUGCUUCCUGGGGACCACUGGACUCUUCCUUCCUCCAUUCCUGGCUGGAAUGAUCUGAUUUCAUGUCCCUUGCUUUGGCCAAAAGGUGGCACUGCUGACCACCGUUACCUGCUGCCGCCUGUAGAGUAGGCCUCUGGGUGGGCACCAUCUGACUGCAGGUGCUUCUCCAUGGGCUCCCUCAUUGGCCCAACAGCCGAAGACUUCCUGGAAUAAUUCGCUUGCCAGUAUUGUGCUAUGUGCUGAGAAGCUGCUGGGCGCACAGCCCCCUUUUGGAUGUGAGGAGCUGGGAAAAGAAGGCGAUUGCUCUGCAAGAGGUUGUGGUACCGUGGUAACAAGGGCAGUUGUGAGAUUCUCCUGCAGAAGUGAAGUAGAGUGACAGGAGGGGCCAAGCUGGGGACCCGGGGAGGAGGGGGUGGGGCCCGGUGAAGAGGCACAGACCUAAGAGGAAGGGUGCAUGGGGAAGAGGACAGAGGGCGCUCAGGGGGCAGCAGAGGGGGGAACAACAUUUUGGAUUCAGGAGUGAGCCUGAGGCACCAGGGAGGACAGCCAGGCUGAGGUGGGGAGUGUGGGCACAGCGGGGGGAGGCUGGAAAGGCAGGCCAGGUGUCUUUAGGCCAGGGGGUCAGCCUGCAGGUGUAACAGCAGAGCGGUGAAGGCUUUUCUGGAAGCAGAUGAACAGGGAGGCAAAGCUGCAGGGGGCAGAGGGGCGAUGUGGCUGGAGGCGGGAGGCUGGGCCGCCACACCCACCAGGAAGCCCUUUCGAAUCCCCAGACUUCCGCCACCGUCUGGGCCCACCUGGCUGUUGCCCACUGGCUCAGCACCAGCUGCCCCAAGGUGUGACAGUAAUGAGACCAUCUGUCCUUCAAUGUGCAUUUGACAAACCAGAAAGAUACCCAGAGCCAUUCCAGACCCAGCCCAAGCCCACAGCUCUCUCCCUCCCUCCCUCCCAAGGCACUUGGUAUUUCUUCUGGGGGGAGUGAGCUGGAUUGUGGUGGCCCCGAGACUGCUGUGUGGACGCAAAAAGCCCCAGGAUGGCUUCCAUUUCCAGGCCGGCCUGCGUGCUGAUGCCUUGGGAUUCAGCAUCCGCAGUCCCCAGCCACAGGGGCAGCCUGAGGUGCUGCUGCCCGGGAUCCUGCCUCCCCCAGGCCAGCCCAGACCUGGAGCGCAGAAGCUCAGCAGCCAACAGAUGGGGGCCUGGGUUCCCGGAUAGAGUGGGGCCUGGACAGGAAGCCAAGUGGGGUGAGCUUCCAGUUUCCCUUGGCCUUUGGGGACCCUCCUUCCAAUCCCCCAUGCAGUUCUUCCGGACAGGCCCAGGGGAAACUGACUCCACAACCCAGUCCUCCGCCCUCUGGUUCUCCCCCAAGACGCCCACCGAAUGGCCCAUCCCGGCUCCUCCCUGCCCCGGUGGGUGCAGCCCCCCAGCCUCCCCUCCCCAGUCUCCCAGACCUGACCUCCUGGUACAGUGAUGUUGGCUCUUGUUAUUCUGCCUCCCUUUCAUCUUGCAUGUGAGUCAAGGGGUCAAAUAGAGCUGCUGCUCAUUCAGCCGUGGAACCCUCCUCAGCGUCCCUAGGACCCCCAGCCCCACUCCCCCAUGAGCCCUGGCUGUCUGGAUUGCAGCUGGAAGACUGCCAUUGGCCUUUCCUCAGGCGGCCCUGCAGCGGGCUGCCUGGCUCCCACCGGAAAGCCGCCCCCCAGCCAGGGGCAGGAGCAAAGGCUUGGGGCACCCGCCUGG